UUGAAAUUAAGAAAAAGAAAAAAAACAGUAUUUUUUCUGAAAGUGUUUGAACAUGGCGGCGAAGCGGGCGGUCUUGCUUGUGGUGUGUCUUCUUUUAGCGGCGGCGGGGCGGUGCUGGGCGGAGGAUGCGGCGGAGAGAGUGAACGCGGCGGCGGACAACGUGAAGACGUGGGCCCGAGAGGCGGGGGAAUCGGCUUCCGACACCGUGCGUGAUGCCAAAGACAGCGCUGAUUCUUGGACCGGUUGGGCUAUUAACAAAUUCUCAGAGGGAAUUGGAAUGGAUAGAGAUAGUGCAAAAGAUGCAGCUCAAAAAUUAGUGGACAAAACCAAAGGUGCUGCUUCCAAGUCUACAGAUACCCUCAAUUCUGCUGCAUUUGAAACUUCAAAGAUUGCUUCCGACAAGGCAAACGACGUGGCGGACACAACGUCCGAAAAACUAGGCAACGCCAAAAACUACGCUUCCGAAAAAGCUGGGGAAGCCAUAAAAAGAGCAUCCGAUGUUGCUUCUUCCACGAAAGAAACCACUAAAGACAAAGCAAACAACGCGUACGAAUCCACUUCCGACCAUGCAGGUAGAUUCAUCAACAAGGCGUCCGAUUUUGCCGGGGAGGCUAAAGUCAAAGCUAACGACGCCUACGAAAUCGGUUCCGACAAAGCUUACGACGCAAAAGACAAAAUUAAAGAUAAGGCUUCCGAUGCAUAUUACUCUGCAUCGGAUCGGGCCCACGAUGCCAAAGACAAGAUGAAAGAUAAGGCCUCGGAUGCAUAUUACUCGGCAUCGGAGCGGGCCCACGAUGCCAAAGAUAAGGCUUCAGAUGCAUAUUACUCCACAUCAGAGCGAGCCCAUGGUGCGAUGGAUGCAGCUUCGGAUAUGGGAACCGAUGCAAGGAAAACAGUCAACGAGAAAGUCAACGACGCUUACGAUUCUGCACGCGAGAUGGGAGGUAGUGCGUAUGAUAAGGCGAACAAGAAAGCUCACGACGCUUAUGAAAGUAGCGCUCGAGGGAUGGAGAUGGCAAAGGACAAAUCUUAUGAUGCCAAAGACACAAUAAAGGACAAGGCUUCCGAUGCGUAUUACUCAGCAUCCGAGCGGGCCCAUGACGCCAAAGACAAAAUUAGAGAUAAGGCUUCUGAUGCCUAUUACUCUACAUCGGAGCGGGCCCAAGGUGCGAAAGACAAAAUUAAAGAUAAGGCUUCCGAUGCGUACAACUCGGCUUCGGAUAUGGGAAGCGAUGCCUUGGAUAAAGCGAACAAGAAAGCUCACGAAACUUACGAAAAUAGCGCGAAUAGAGCUUCUCAAGGAAUGGAGAGGGCGAAGGAUAGUGCGCACGAAACUUACGAAUCGGCAUCGAGAAUGGCCGGUGGAGCUAAAGAAGGGGUGAAAGAGAAGGCCGAUUUCGCGUCUCGAAAGGGCGAAGAGAUGAUAAAGAUGGCCACGGAGAGAGGUGGUGACGCAAAGGAGAGGUUCGGAGAUGCGGCGGCGAGUGGGAAAGAGACGGUUUAUGAUUUGUACGAAGAUGCGAGAGCUAAGCUUCGUGAGAGUUACGAGUCGGCCAAGGAUGGUGUGUCGGAACAAGCGAGGACGAAGUACGAGGCGGCGAAGGAGAAGGCUUCCGAUGCUGCGGGCAAUGUCGGAGCACGUAUGAGAUCGGGCACCGCCGAGCUUUGAUCGGUUAUUUCGCAUCAUUUUAUAAAUUAAUUUCCUUUUUUUUUUUAAAUGUUGCCUUGUUGCUUAAUGUUGAUCCUGUAGUUAGCAAGAGGGAUUACAAUGGGCUUUGCGUAAUUUUAUUGUUAUGUAGUGCUUGGAGAGUGUUAAGUAGUGUAUUAACGUUAAUUGUCAUUAGUUUUAUGUAAUUAGUGUGCAAUAAUAAUGAUGAUGUAAUUUAUGCACGUGGCUGGAAAUUUCAUUGGACAA